CUCUUCGAUCUCCUUCGUGGAAGCUUCCUAGGAUUGGAUUCGCACACCAACAAAACCAGACCAACACACUUUUCUCAUAUCUUAUUAUUUUAUUAAUUUUCUGAGAUUCAUCUUAUAACUUAAUAGUAUUCUGAAUUCCUACUACUACCCUUUUGUUAUUUAUGUUCCGAUCGAGUGUACUACUAUUAUUGGAUGAGUUUGGUUAUAUGAAUAAUGAAAAUUGUGUCACACGGAGACAGAGCAGAGCAGAGCAGACUGGUCUAUAGUCAAACUUUCUAGCAGUCACGUAGGACGACCCAUUAAUUAAGGGUCAGGUGGCUAAGGCAUCCUCAUCAUAUAUUAUAUCAUAUAGCUUAGUACUAAUGUUAUAAUAUACAUGCAUUAUUGUAUGAUAUUGAUAUCAUCGAUCGUAAGAAAAAGAAUUAAGGAGGGGUACAUGUUUGUAUGUUUGUUUAUUUUGUGGUUGGUGGUGAUAUGAAUAAGAUGGAGGGUACAGUGUUUCCGAAUAAUCCCAUAGAGUGUUUGGGUAAAGGGUUUGAUCUGACAAGUGAUUUUCGAUUGAAGUUUGCAAAGGGAUAUGGGAAAAGGUUGGUGGUGGUCGAUGAAGUGAACAAAAGGGACAUCACGGUUCCUGUUCCUGGAGGAGUAGCUACCAUUCCAAAUGUUUCCGAGGAUAUACGCUGUGACAAGGGCGAUCGCCUACGCUUCAAGUCUGAUGUCCUUCAAUUCAACCAGAUGUCUGAGUUGCUUAAUCAAAAAUCAGCAAUACAAGGAAAAAUUCCUUCGGGCUAUUUCAACGCUCUUUUUGAUUUGGGUGGUGAUUGGUUUCGUGAUGCUCAUGACAUAAAAUGUCUUGCUUUUGAUGGUUAUUUCAUUUCCCUGUACUAUUUGCACCUCACUGCUUCACACCUCAUACUGCAAGAGGAAAUAAAGAAGUCUGUUCCAGCUCAGUGGGACCCAGCUUCAUUAACCAGGUUCAUUCAGACAUAUGGCACACACAUAAUAAUAGGUAUGGCUGUUGGAGGUCAAGAUGUAAUUUGUGUCAAACAAAAACAUUCUUCGAAGGUUCCACCUGGUGAUCUAAGAAGACAUUUAGAGGAUCUAGGAGAUAUUUUGUUUUCAGAUUUAAGAAGCCCUUCUCAACAACAAAGGAACACCCCAGAAGGCAAACAAAAAGUUCCUGAGGUCUUUAAGAGUGUGAUGCAAUCAAGUACAACGCAGUACACCAGUAUUUCAGAAACAUCAAGCAAAGAUGGCCUCACUAUCAUUUGUUCAAAAAGAGGAGGGGAUGUGUUCAAGCAAAGUCACUCCAACUGGCUCCAGACAGUGGCUUCUAAUCCUGAAGCAAUCCUCUUCAAGUUUGUACCUAUUUCCUCACUUCUCACAGGAAUUCCUGGAAGUGGCUAUCUUAGUCAUGCAAUCAAUUUGUAUUUACGCUAUAAGCCCCCUCCGGAUGAUUUACAAUGCUUCUUGGAGUUUCAAAUUCCAAGGCAAUGGGCACCCAUGUUUUAUGACCUUCCUCUGAGGCAUCAAAGGAAAAAGUGUUCUUCCCCUUCCCUGCAAUUUGGUUUCAUGUUUCCCAAGCUUCAUGUCAGCUGUGCACAGGUAGUAAGUGAACAAAAACCUGUGGUAGGCCUACGGUUGUACUUGGAAGGCAGAAAAAGUGAUAGACUUGCAAUACAUGUACACCACCUUUCAAGCCUCCCAAACACUAUGAUCUACUCUUCAGGCACAUCUUCGUGGCGAGGAUCUGAUGACAAUGAAUCCAGUGACAUCUUUCUGGAACCUAUAAGGUGGAAGGGAUUUGCAAACGUGUGCACUGCAGUGGUCAAACAUGACCCUACCUGGUUGCAAGAAACAAGUGGUGGUGUUUAUAUUGUAACCGGUGCACAACUCAUUAGUAAAGGGACUUGGCCAAAGAAUGUGCUUCACUUGCGCCUACUCUAUACUCACAUACCCAAUUGCAGUAUCAGGAAGUCAGAAUGGGGUGGUGCACCAGAGGCUUCAAGAAAAUCAUCUUUCCUCACAAAUCUGAGCACAACAUUUUCAUUCACACAGCAAAGUCCUCCUCAGAAGCAGGCUCCGACAGUACUUGACUCUGGUGUGUAUCCAGAUGGUCCACCAGUGCCAGUUCGAUCUGGCAAAAUGCUUAAAUAUGUGGACACAAGCGAGUUUGUGAGGGGCCCGCAUGAUGCUCCUGGUCAUUGGUUGGUAACUGCUGCUAAGCUUGUUACUGAGGGUGGUAAGAUUGGAUUACAGGUCAAGUUUGCUUUGUUAGACUACUAGUUAUUCAUUCAUUCUAAGUUACUUCUCUCUCAUGUAUAUGUAGAAAGAAGAGAAACAUUAGUGGACUGCAUUUGUUAAUUUUUUUGUUUUGAAAUUACAGAUCACAUGUACAUAGGCACAUGCUUUCUGAUGAAUUUGUACAGUCAGUACAGUAUACAGUAAUGAGUGGUGGUUUAAGUUAACAUCAGCCACAAGAAAAUUAGGAUGUAGCUAUAAUACUGCAUUGGUUUGGUGUUGGGUUUUUAAUUUACAUUUCAAUCAAUGUAUUAGUAUUCAAUUCAACCAUCUUGUGAACAAAGUUGAGGAGAAAAAAAAAAAGAGUAAUGGAAUAUAUUGGUGGAA